CUCUUUUGAAACAUGUAACAUUGUGGUCACAAAACUUCCAGUUCAUAACAAAAUUUUCAGACAGUCCCAUUUCGACUAGGUGGGUUGUUGAGCUCAACUCAUGAACUCUCUUGUUUUGAGCUUAUGAGAUGCCUCACAUUUUCAAUUAGUGAGCCAACUCGACUACUUGCUUAUGAGAAAAUCCAUCUAUAUAUAUUAUGAAUUGGCUCGUUGAUAAUUCAUAGGCUUAUUAAAAAAAUAUAAUUUAUUAAAUGUCAUAUCUCACAUGUUUAAGAUUUUGAGUAUUUGAACAAAUAUGUCUCAUAUAUGACAUGAGAUCAAUUAAUCACAUACAUAAAUUAUUAAGUUGAGCUCGAGUCAAACUCCUAUUUAAUGACGAGGUGAGUAGGUUUUAGUAAAUGAGUCGGUUCGAAAUUGACUCGACUCAACUCAUUCAUAAAUGAGUCAAGUUUACAAACGACUAAUUUGUUAAUAAACCAAACCUAAACAAAACAAUCUCUACCUUACUCGACUUAACUAGGCUCGUUAACCGCCAUCAAAAUUUUACUAGGCAUUUAAAAACAUAAUGGUGCGCUUUUCCUCCUAGAAAAUGAGUCAAUGACGGAACGGCCGAGGACCUCGAAUUCUGGACCAUUCCUCAGUCACUGGGCCCAAUUUUUUCUUACAGCUCCGCCAGCCAGCCAGACCUAAUAACCUCCUACUUCUUCUUUCUCCCUCUCCAUCCAUCUUUCGUCACAGUUUCAGCUCCAGAUUCUUGACGACAACCCAGACUCCAGACUCAGCACCCACGGCAAGUCUCACUCUCAUUCUUCCCUACCCUUCUUUCUUCUCCCUUCGUCCCCUCUUUCUUGCCACACUUCUCUCCUUCUGGGUCUCUUUCUGAUUCCGCCAUUGCUCCUUUGUUUCCUGAAGCAAUCGAAUUGACCCGUAGAGAUGGCCAAAUUUGGGGUUGCAACAUUAGAAUUGGUUUGCUUGUAUUCAAUUUCGUCACCUGGGUUAGUGUCUUAGGUGAUUGAUUCAACUCAUUUAUGGAGACAGUUCGCGAGGGAAGUGGGGAGAAUCGGGGGGAGGCUCUGAAUUCGGCGGCGGGCGGAGGAGGAACCAUGAAGAGGCCGAUCCCGUGUGAUGUGAUAUCCGAUGAUAGCUCAGAUGCAGAAAACGACGGCGAGGAGGAUGGAGUUUUCGAUCCCCAGCAGCACCAGCAGUUUUUCAACCAACAUGAACUAGAAUUGGAUUCUCCAGAGAUGAUAACCAAGACUGCAGAAAUGUAUCAGAACUACAUGCAGGAGCUUCCCAUCCCAUCACUCCGUGGCUCCGUGAUACCAUGUUCUUCCUGGAUGGAACUAGGGAGAUCGAUGAAGCAACUCUACGGGCAGCCAUUGCAUUACCUAACCAACAUCAUUCUCAAACGCUGGGACCAGCUGCGAACCGGCACCGAGAAUCAGCACCAGCCACUGGAUCUCAUCAUUCACCCCAGUAAAGCAGAGGCAACCAUCUGGCUAGUUGAAGAAGUUCACAGGAAGACCUCAUCUCAUCUUCACAUUGCCCAGCUCUGGAUUUCUGAUCCCAUGCACCAACGUUUCGUCGAUGGUAUUGUACCCGAGCUGUGCACGCCGAAUUCGUGAUGCAAUCGUCCUGCUUACAGACUGACUGACUUUUCGUUUGAGCUCUGAAACACCCAUGUAUGAAACGUGAAGCUUCAUCCUUCAAUAGCAAACUCUUAUCAAUUUUUUCCCAUCUAGUUAACUUCCUACAUGGUACCAGCAUUAGCUACGCAAGGAAGGGAGCGUUUUGUGUAGCUUGGAGAGAGAUACUUGUGGGAAUCCAGAUGAGAUUAAUGCUCACUGUCGUUGUUAAGAAUACCUAUGGUGAACUGUUCAGCCGCAAUGAAAUUACAGAACUGGGGAUUUCUUACGACAAUCCCUUUUCCCAAGAAAGAGGAUAAAUGCUGUCCACAGUGAGAUUAGACGUCUUCCAUUAGUUAGGAAAAUGGUUUCUCUAGUUACAUCAGAUACACUCCCCUUCACAACCCUAAUUCUCUUAAAUGAACUCACAACAGCAAA